UGGAUCGAUCACCGAAAAACUCGAUUGGAUUUGUUUUUCCUAGCUGAGCGGAACUCUCUGUAUCGCCGCCCGGGCAGCGGUUUGAACCCGGAGUGACGACGCGACCACACGGAGAGCUGCCGGCCUCUUCCAAACCCCCCGGCGAGGCUUCGGAGGCGAUGGAGUUCCCGUGGCACAGCGGGAAAGUUCUGGAGCAGCUGAACCGCCAGCGCAGGCAGGGCAUGCUGUGUGACUGCACUUUUGUCGUGGACGGGGUGGACUUCAAGGCCCACAAAGCGGUGCUGGCGGCCUGCAGUGUGUACUUCCGCACCCUGUUCCUGGACCAGAAGGAUGUCGUGCACCUGGACAUCAGCAAUGCAGCAGGUUUGGGUCAGGUCCUGGAGUUCAUGUACACGGCCAAGCUGACUUUAAGUCCUCAGAAUGUGGAAGACGUGAUGACCGUUGCAAACUUUCUGCAGAUGCAAGAGAUUGUAAACGCCUGCUCUGCGUACCAGUCGAUGGCAAAUCCUGCUCCGUCCAUCAUAACACUGGAUUUCGCCGUUGAAGUGAAACCCGGUGAAGAGGAGCAGGCGGAGGAAGUGGAGAGUGACCUGGCGGUCGUGGCGUCGCGAGCAGAGGAGAGUCCCUGCACGCCCGCGGAGGUGAAGAAGCCCGCGCAGAACCAGGAAGCCGUCCCGGAGGACGCCCCCGCCGAGACGCAGACGACCGGUUCUCGGCCCGAAGCCGUCCGAGCCCACUCGGGCCGAGAGCGAGCCGCCAAGAAAACCAACCCCGCCUGCGCUCCCAAGAGGAUAUCUGUGAAGGAGGAGGAGGAGGAGGAGGAGGAGGAGGACGGCGCUACGCCAGAGGCGCCUCGUGGAUUUCAGGACGACGACCCCUCUGACGCCGACUACACUCCCAAAUCCCCGAAAUCCGCCGGCAGCUCAUCCUACAUGAGCUCUCGCGGGAGACGGAUCAGAAAACCUCCUCGAAGAAACUUCCCACCUGACAACGAGUCGGAGGACGAAGGCGCCUCAAAGUCCAGAGCGCAGAAGAGGGAGGUGGAGCCGGCCGAGGGAGCCAGCGAGCCGGAGGACGACUGCGAGGAGACCGGCGACGGGGAGGCCGACGACGAAGAGGGGUCAGGAGAGGAAGACGAUGACGACGACGAGGAGGAGGAGGAGGAGGAGGAAGAAGAAGAAGUCAACUCGGGCAGCGAGAUGGACUGCGGGCAAACUCUGUCGGCGUCGAUGAGCAGCCGGUCCGAGUCGAAGCCGUACAGCUCGGUGACGCACGAAUGCGGGGACUGUGGGAAGAAAUUCACCCACACUGGCAACUUCAAGCGACACAUGCGUAUUCACACGGGCGAGAAGCCGUUCAGCUGUCGGGACUGCAGCAAAGCGUUCUCCGACCCCGCGGCCUGCAAAGCCCACGAGAAAACGCACAGCCCCUUGAAGCCAUACUGCUGCUCGACGUGCGGAAAGAGCUACCGGCAGAUCAGCCUGCUCAACCUGCACCGCAAGCGGCACACGGGCGAGGCGCGCUACAGCUGCGAGGUGUGCGGCAAGCUCUUCACCACGUCCGGCAACCUGAAGCGCCACCAGCUGGUGCACAGCGGCGAGAAGCCGUUCCACUGCGACUACUGCGACAAGGCGUUCUCCGACCCCACCGCCAAGAUGCGGCACCUGGAGACGCACGACACGGAGAAGGGCAACAAGUGUGCGUACUGCGACAAGCGCUUCAACCAGUCGGGAAAUCUGAAGGCUCACUUAAAAAUCCACAUCGCGGACGGGCCUCUCAAGUGCAAGGAGUGUGGCAAACAGUUCACUACUUCAGGAAAUCUGAAGAGACACCUGCGAGUCCACAGCGGGGAGAAACCGUACGUCUGCAUGCACUGCCAGAGAGCUUUCAGUGACCCCGGAGCUCUGCAGCGGCAUGAACGCAUCCACACGGGAGAGAAGCCCUGCGUCUGCCUUAUCUGUGGCAAAGCCUUCACGCAGGCCAGCUCGCUCAUCGCCCACGUCCGCCAGCACACGGGAGAGAAGCCCUACGUGUGCGACCGCUGUGGCAAAAGGUUUGUUCAAUCCAGUCAACUGGCCAAUCACAUCCGGCAUCACGACAACGUCCGGCCGCACAAGUGUCAGAUGUGCAACAAGGCCUUCGUUAACGUGGGAGACCUGUCGAAGCACAUCAUCAUUCACACAGGGGAGAAGCCUUUCCUGUGCGAUAAGUGCGGCAGAGGCUUCAACCGGGUGGACAACCUGCGCUCCCACGUGAAGACGGUCCACCAAGGCAAAGCCGGCAUGAAGCGGCUGGUGAUGGCCGGCGGCAGCGCGGACGAGGGGGCCGACGGCUGCGCGGGGGCGUCUACCUCCGACAGCGAGAUCAACAUCGUCACCGUCACCACAGAGGACAUCGUCACCAUGGCAACCGAGGCUCUGGCUGCCAGCGCGGUCGCACAGCUGACGGUGGUUCCAGCGGCUGCUUCGGUGUCUGCGGAUGAGACGGAGGCUUUGAAAGCGGAAAUAACCAAGGCGGUGGAGAAAGUGCAUGAAGCAGACCCCAACACCCGGAUCUUGUACGCUUGCGAUUCGUGUGGUGAUAAAUUCUUGGACGCCAGCUCCCUGGCGCAGCACGUACGCAUCCACACGGCUCAGGCCUUGGUCAUGUUUCAGGCCGAUUCCGACUUCUACCAAUACGCCACGGCCACCACCGCCGAGGGGGACUCCGCCACAACAUGGCAACCCACCGCUGAGCAAGUCAUCCAGGAAGGAGAGCUGCUCUUCCGCACCCAGGACGGAGAGGGAGAGAUAGUGGGGGAGACGCAAGGAGAAGAGACUGAAGGGGCGAUUCAGGUGGAGGAGAGGGGGGAUGAAGAGAUGGAAGCUCACGCUGAGAUCCACGCGGAGGAAAACGACGAAGCUGCAGCGGAGGUAGAAGAGGAGAAACAAGAAGAAAUGGAAUGUGAGAGUCAGGCGUCGGAAAUAUGAAGACAUUAAUUGAGUUGAUGAGGCGUCAGAGUUUCAAAAACGCCAUGAUGUUAACAUAUAUCUAAACUGGAUUUAUAAUGUACAACACUUUAUACACAAUGUUAGCUCUGAUUGUGUAUUCGAAAAUCAUAUGUUUUGCGGUCCUAAUUCCAGAAAUGAGGCGAGAUUAGGUAAAUAUUGUUGAUAAUUCUUCCAGAGAUGUUUAUACUGCGUUGUAUAGUCUGUUUAUUUUUCGAAUGAAAUCCGGGACUUUGCAGUGACCUUUGUAUUUACAAUCACAAUUUACUUCGAGAAAGUGAUGUGUGUUUUAUUUUUCCAUUUCACUUCGAAGAGAUGUGUACAUUUCCCUUAAAGAGUCUAAAUAUUUUUAUUGUUCUUGGUUGUAAGUAUUUUCAUGAAAAUUACAUUAUACAGAGAUUAUUGACAUGAACAUGUCGGGGUACUGCAGAUUGAAAUGUAGAAAGGGGGGAGGGGUAUGUCAUGGAUCUGUAUGCUGUAAAUGCUGCGCAUGUAUAUUUGUUGUGUCCUCUAAAAAAAGUUGACAGUCAACAAUUCUCAGUUUCACAUUGAUACCAAGACAGUUGUCCUUUAUGGUUUUGCAGUAAACUUGUCAUAAUCGUGUGAAGAUGGUUGCCUGUAACCAAGUCAUCAUCUCAUUAAUAAUUAUUAAUCUGACAAUAAAAGAUUUGUAAUAAAGAAUCUGCACUGUC